UUGGUCUCUCCCUCCCUCGCUUCCCACUCUAUUUGGGAUUUUGGCACACAUUUUUUUCUUUUUUCGGUUGGUCCUUUUUACAGCCUUACCUAGGGUUAGGGUUUAUUGCCAGAGUUCCAGAUUUUUUUCUUAUCCUUUCCUCUCUCUCUCUCUCUAAUCUCCUGCCAUGGAUUUGACUAAGAAGCGCAAGAUGGAAGAGAACGGCGCCGGCGAUGCCGACCCGUCGGUCCUGAAACUAACCCCCGAAGACGCCCGGAAAAUCAUCGAGCGGUUCACGCCGGACCAGCUCAUCGAGAUUCUUCAAGAAGCCGUGGCUCACCACGCCGACGUUCUCGAAGCCGUACGUUCAGUCGCCGAUCCCGAUACCUCUCAGCGCAAGCUCUUCAUUAGGGGUCUUGGUUGGGACACAACCACGGAAGGGCUUCGUGCACUCUUCUCGGCAUACGGAGAGCUCGAAGAGGCCGUCGUGAUUCUUGACAAGACCACCGGGAAGAGCAAAGGCUACGGGUUCGUCACUUUUAGGCACGUCGAUGGUGCUCUUCUCGCGCUCAAGGAGCCGAGCAAGAAGAUCGACGGUCGGAUGACGGUGACUCAGUUAGCCGCCGCGGGGAAUUCCGGCGCGAAUACCAACUCUAAUGCCGCCGUCGACGUGUCGCUCCGGAAAAUUUACGUGGCCAAUGUGCCGUACGACAUGCCGGCCGAUAAGUUGCUUGCCCAUUUUUCCUUGUACGGUGAGAUUGAGGAGGGACCAUUGGGCUUUGAUAAACAGACGGGGAAGUGUAGGGGUUAUGCGUUGUUUGUUUACAAGACACCGGAGGGUGCUCAGGCUGCGCUUGUGGAUCCUGUGAAGACGAUCGAGGGUCGUCAGCUCACCUGUAAAUUGGCCAUUGACGGGAAGAAAGGAAAGCAGGGUAGCGGUGCUGAUGGAAUUCAGGCACCUGUGGGAGGUCCCGGUAACGCUCAUGGAGAUGGGAUGGGUUUGGCUCCGCCGUCUUCUAUGCCGGGUUCAAUUGGGGGUCAAUAUGGUGGGCCUGCUGGAAUUGGGUCUUAUGGUGGGUUUUCAGGUGGUCUUCAAGGUCCGCCAAUGGGCCAUCACCCUUUAAACUCUUCUAUUGGUGGACCGGGGUUGUCUUCAGUUGGUAAUCAGGCACCGUCGUCUUUGGGUGGCGCUGGUGGUUAUGGUUCCGGUUUGGGUGGUCCUUAUGGUGGUUAUGGAGGACCUGGGUCUGCGGGAUUUGGUGGUUUAGGUAGUGGUGGAGCUGGUGGUGGACUGGCUGGAUCAGCUGCUGGAGGGUUGGGUGGCGCAGGAGGUGGUGCCGGAGGUGGUGGUGGAUCGUCCUUGUAUAGAUUGCCUCCUAGUUCAGGUGGAAUUCCGUCUUCAGGGUAUCCAGAUACUGGUCACUAUAACAUGUCUUCAUCAUCUGCAUAUCAAGGUCAGCACCACCAGCCAGCAGGAACAUCACCAGUCCCAAGGGUCCCACCUGGGGGUAUGUACCCGCCGCCAUAUUACUGAGGUGUAUGACCGCUUGUUGGGCGAAGAUGCUUUUUAUGGUUCUGGUGAUUGCGUGAUUGCAGACUAUAUGCACUGGUUUGAUGAUUGUAUUAGCUGUGCCAUUACAGCCACUUCCUUACUUCAUCUGCACCUUGAUGUUAUGGUUCAUUUCUGAGUGCUGGUAGUCAAUGAUUAAAUUAGACUAGCUUUGUAAUGAUCUGUGGACCUUUCAGUUGGGUUUAUUAGUGACUAUAGUUUUAGCAAUACAAGCACUGACAUGUUUUCUUUUUUCUUCUUAAUUUAGUAUACUGUGUAUGGUUUUUGUCGCUUUUAUUAUGUUGACAAGCAAGUUUGCCUUCAUGAUAAUCCUACAACUUUUCUUUUUUGUUUA